AUGAACGUACUGGAAGGAAAGGUCGCUAUUGUCACUGGUGCCUCACGCGGUAUUGGGGCGGCGAUCGCGCUGGAUCUCGCUAAACAAGGCGCCAAGGGAUAUCACCCCCUUCUAAGACUCCCAAGUGAACCGGCAGCUCAGGAAAUUGUGGCUCAAGUCAAUGACCUGGGAAAUGGGGCAGGCGCCAUCAAGAUUCAGGUCGAUAUCGCACAUGCCAAUGCGCCGCAGAUCAUUGUCGACCAAACACUAGCAGCAUUUGGUCCAGGAAUUGACAUCCUCGUCAACAAUGCGGGUACGAGUGUCCGGAAACCAUUCCUCGAAACAACUGUGGAAGACUUCGACCGAGGUAUCAAUGUCAAUUUGCGAGGCGCGUUCUUCCUCUCGCAAGCCGUCGUACCUCACCUUCGUCGCCCCGGUCGAAUUAUAAACAUCAGUUCCAUUGUUUCUCGUACCGGAGGACCUUUGUACGGAGUGUACACUGCAUCCAAAGCCGGAUUGGAAGCUUUCACCCGAUCUCUCGCUGCGGUCAUCGGUCCCUAUGGCCACAGCGUGAAUGCCGUUCUGCCCGGUUUGACAGACACGGACAUGUUGCAGGACAUUACGGAUGAUGAGGAGUCUGCCAACUUUCACCGGGGAGUGGCCGCUGCGACUCCAAUGGAGGGACGGGUCGCGUCUCCGCAAGAAAUCGCACGCCUCGUCUCAUUCCUUGCUGGUCCACAAAGCCAAUGGAUAACAGGGCAGUCUAUUAGUGCUACUGGUGGUCUCCUGAUGCUGUAG